AUGCGUGGGACUUUCGUUCUUUCUCUGCUUUCGGCGCUGGGCGCCUCAGCUUCGCUGCUCAAGUCCAACCUCAAAACCAACGUCGACGUGCUGGCACUCGACUAUUCCUUCAACCCCGUGAAGGCAUCGUACUGGACUGGAUAUCCCCAUCACCGACGUACCCCAUUCGCCGUCUCGCCAGACGGAAAAUCCGCAUAUAUCGCGUACCUUGAUUCUAGUGCGACAGAUGUCCACGUCCAGCAAUUGGACCCUGACACCUUCAAAGCCACCGGAACCACCGUCACCGUUAGCGGCGGAAAGGAAGCCGGCGGUCUCGUCGCCCACAACGAUGGCUUCGCCCUCCUAACCAACGAGGCCAUGCCCUCAGGAACAACCAACGCCCCACCAAGCAACACCCCAGUCCCAGUCCUGUACCGCUACACCAGCGGCAAGCAAACCUUCAAGACCUGGCUGGGUGGACCAGAUGUGCACACCUCCGACGGACUUUCGGCAUCGCCGGACCUAAACGGCGACCUGGUCUACUCCGAAAAAGCAGGCCUCUACGGCGCCUACUUCGUGGUAACCGACUACUCAGGCGACGCCUCAGGCCACUUCGGCGACAGCAUCGAAUACGUCUCAACAAACGGAACCCUGGUAACCAUCGCCGGCGCCUCCAGCUCCUGGGGCUGCAGCCACAACACGGGUAUUGCUUUCGAGGCCGCGGACGCAGCGCCCUUCGCUAGUAUCUGCGCCGAAGACCAGGGCGCUAUCUGGCUCAAUACCAAGACUCAGGGUAUGAGCACCGACGGCGUCAAGAUCUCGAACGAGAACACCACCAAUGGUGGCGGUGGUGAGGCUAUGGGUGGUAUGUCUGGUAGUUACAGUGCGCUUGCGCGUUUUGCUGAGACUACGAAGUAUAUCUUUGCUUGGGUGUCGCGUGGCGCGAUGGAUGUUACUGAGAAUGCGUGGAUGGGGAGUGGGUAUACGAAUGUGCAGAACCGGACGAAUGGGCGCAAUGUUGCUAUUUCGUUGUUCUCGGAUAAGUAUACUAAGGUUGGUGACCAGGCUACCUCUGUUGUUGGUACUGAGGAUGGUGAUAGCCAGGUUAAUUGGGUGACGAGUGGAUCGAAUGAUUGCUCGAAUGCGCAUGCUGCUACCUUUGGUAGUGCCAAUGCUGUUGUUUCUUGGGAGGAGAUCUCGAAUCCUACUUGUGAUUUCAUUGCUAUGGGAUGCCGGGGUACUUUUGCCGGUACUUUCUUCCAGCAGGUUGAUUCGACUGGUGCGAAGGUUGGUGAGGCCAUUUCUAGUGAGGAUGUUUAUGUUGCUGGUGAUAUGGUGACUAUGUCUGAUGGCCGCGUUUGCUGGCCUUAUGUUAGUAUGACUUGGGAUUUGUCGCGGGCUGUUGAUGAUUUUUCUUCGUCGAGUACUAAGAAGAUUAGUGUUGCUUGUUUGAGUCUUGGGAGUGUUGAUACUUUUUCUGUUGCUGCCACUACUGCCGCUGCUGCUGCCACUGCCACUGCCUCCGUUGACGCCUCUUCCAACGUCGCUUCUGACGCCUCCUCUGACGCCUCCUCUGACGCCUCCUCUGACGCCUCAGCUAGCGCCUCUACCGAGGCCGCUUCUAUUGUGGCUCCUGCUGCCUCAUCUGCUGCCGUUCCUGCCGCCUCCGGUGCUGCAUCGGGUGUUUCUUCAGAUGCUUCAUCCGAAGUCUCCUCAGACGCCGCAUCCGAAGCCUCAAACGCCUCUCCUGUCGUUUCUGCUGCCGCUUCCGCUGCUCCUGUUGUCCCCGCCGCCUCUGGCAGCGCCGAUACCGGCUUUGAAGGUGCCAUUCCCUCCGCCAUUCCCACUGGCAUUCCCGCAGAUGAAUCAUCCGAUGAGGCUGCAUUCUCUGCCUGCACUGGAGCUCCUAAAGCCCAUCAUGGUAAUCUCGGUCAUCACACCCAUCACGGCCACCGCGGUCACCACACCAGCUUGCUGCCUGACUUCUAG